AUCCCACCCCUUCUCUAUGUUUUCAUUCCGAAUCAAUCCACAAUUUUGCACCUGCAUGAGUGCCAAGCCUCUGUGGAUAUAUAAAGGAAACCUUCAAGAGGCAUUUCAGAGUUAUAGGGAAGAAGUUGAAGAAAAGGAAUUCACCCAGCGCCGUCAGACAGAAACCGAACCAACCAUGAUUCUCCCUGCUAUUCACUUCUCCGGCUUUCUCCUAGCCUGCGUCUUCAUGAAAAGCUGCUUGGCUUUCAAGAAUGAUGCCACAGAGAUCCUUUAUACACAUGUGGUCAAACCUGUUCCAGCGAGCCCAAGCAGCAACAGCACGCUGAACCAAGCCAGAAACGGAGGCAGGCAUUACGGCCGCACUGGAUUAGAUCGUAACAAUCGCGUUCAAGUUGGCUGCCGGGAACUGAGAUCCACCAAGUACAUUUCAGACGGGCAGUGUACCAGCAUAAAUCCUUUGAAAGAGCUUGUGUGUGCUGGUGAGUGCCUUCCUUUGCCAGUGCUCCCCAACUGGAUUGGGGGAGGUUAUGGAACCAAGUACUGGAGCAGAAGGAGCUCCCAAGAGUGGAGAUGUGUCAAUGACAAAACUCGCACACAGAGGAUCCAGCUCCAGUGUCAAGAUGGAAGUACAAGAACCUACAAAAUAACCGUGGUCACAGCCUGCAAAUGCAAGAGGUACACCAGGCAGCACAAUGAGUCCAGCCACAAUUUUGAGGGAAGCUCUCAGGCAAAGCCCACCCAGCAUCACAAAGAGAGAAAAAGAGCCAGUAAAUCCAGCAAGCACAGCUCAAGUUAGAAGUCAGGCAACCCUUCCCCCAAAACUGAACUCAUCUGUUAUCAUCUUCUUUACAGAUCUGACUGCUUAAAAGACAAGUCUGCCAUUGCUGUGUUCUCACUUGACAGUGCAUUGCUCUGACCAAGCUCAAAACGGCAUUCUGUGCAUAUGGACCUUUUUGGUGAUUUUCCAAAUACUCCAGAUGGGCAGUACCACAAGCCUUCCAACCCCACACAAUGAAGUCUUUUUUU